CCAACACCAGGAACUAUGCCAGCAAUUUGUCCAACCCUGAAUACCCCAGAAAGCAGGCCCCAAGGCCCCCAAGUGACUUGCCCGCCACCGGAGGAUGAUUGGCCCCCACCAUACUCUGCUGGGCCAUUGCCACCGCCUCCUCUUCCAACUCCGCCCCCAGAAGCAAGAGUGACUAGAUCACAGACUGCGCAGGCCCGUGCCGCCCAAGAACUUGCAGCCCAGGAGCAGCUUCAGGAACUGCAAAUCAGUGAAGCGCUUAGCCCUUCAGUGCCAGUCUCCACCAUUUAUCCAUCCUUAGUGGACUGUUUGGCUACUGCCUCUGCUCCUGAACCUGAGACCCCUGUCACUCCCAUACCUAAGACAGUCCUUAAGAAAAAUCCGACAACAGGGACCUGGAGCCCCGCCACUCAUUGGAGUCCUACAUCAGGACUCAGUGAAAUGAACCCUUUUAAAGUGCCUGUAGGCAAAUCUCAGGAAACUGGCAAUUUAGCAACAGUCUGCCCUCUCCGUCAAGUUCCAGCAGGAGCGGAUGGGAUUAUGAGAUGGGUCUAUUCUCCUUUCAGUACUGUCGAUCUCUGUAAUUGGAGAACACAGACGACCCCAUAUAGUGAAGACCCCCGACCCAUGACAGAUCUGUUUACAACAAUUAUGGCUACACAUGCCCCUACCUGGCGAGAUUGUAGCCAGUUACUUACUGCUUUAUUAACUUCAGAAGAGAAGCGGAAAGUCAUGGCAGCUGCUAAGAAAACUGUUGAAAACAGAGUCCCUGCUGACCAACAGCCUAAUGCAGCUGACUGGGUUCGUGCCCGCUUCCCAGAUAUAGACCCAAAUUGGGACCCCAAUGUAGAUGCAGAUAGAGGAAGAUCAGAGGAAUACCGAACUGCCAUCCUCUUAGGUCUCCAGGAAGCAGGAAAGAAGCCCAUGAAUAUGGCUAAAUUGAGGGAGGUCAUUCAAGAGCCAACUGAGCCACCCUAUACCUUCCUUGAAAGACUGUACAAGGCUUACCGCCUCUACACUCCUUUUGACCCAGAGGAAGAAGCAAACCGUACAAUGGUGAAUGCAUCUUUUGUUAGCCAGGCUGCACCUGACAUUAGACGCAAAUUACAGAAGUUAGAAGGGUUCCAAGGGAUGAACGUGUCCCAAUUAAUUGAGGUGGCCCAGAAGGUUUUUGUGAAUAGAGAUAAAGAAGAGAAGAAAGAAGAAGAAGCUAAGCAUAGACGAAAGGCAGCAAUUUUAGCAGCAGUGAUCCAAGGCCAUGAGUAUGACCGCCCGUCCCCAACAUCCAACCUUGAGCCCCGUGGUCCUAGAACCCUAGGCCGGGACCAAUGUGCAUACUGUAGAGCGGAUGGCCACUGGAAAAACGAAUGUCCGAACCGCCAGUCCAGACUCCGGGGGAGGGGAGGAUCUAGAGGCCAAGGAAGAGGACAGAGCUUUAACCACCUUCCAAGAGGGCAAGUUAAUGAAAGCCGGUACAGCCGCACCUACCCUGCAGGGAAGUCGGAAGAUGGCUUUGUUGGUAUGGCCGGAAUGAACUAUGAUGAUUAGGGGCGACCGGGCUCUGUCA